UGUUUAUCUGAAUAGAUUGGUAAUAGAUAACAUAACGAAUGAUCUGAUAAACAUUUUUGCUGCCUUGCUAUAAGUACCAAGAUGAUGGUAUUGAUCACUCUUGGCAAACUUCUUCUCAAGAUCUAAAUCCCAUCGUUGCGCAAAGUUUUACUCUUAUUAAAGAAUUAUGCAUCUCAGACGAUUGAAAAGAGAUGACUUGCCCGCUCUGGCUGAUCUCGGAACUGAAGCAUUCCGUGAUGACGAUUUACAAACAAUACUAUUUCCUCCCGAAGCUGUUGCAAAUGGCUCCCUCCGUCGAAGUAUCAAUUUACGCAUUAGAAAACGUCUUGUUGAAGCCGGCACACAUUGUUAUGUCUCGAUGAGCGAUGAAAAUGAUGAGUUUUGGUCUGGACAAUCUGAGUUGCUUGGAUACGCUUUUUGGACAAGAGUGGGAAAGAGCGAAGCAGCGAAGAAGUGGCAAACUGAUACUUUAUUUUCGAAAUUGGAAAGAACAUUGAUAGGAGCGGAAAUGUGGUAUUCUGAAUACUUCCUUGAUCGCGACCGGCCUUGGGAUAAGAUCCAUUACAUGAGGAAUCUAUCGGUUGAUCAUUUUGGCUCGAUUCCAGAGUAUUUGGAGUUAGCUGCAUUAGCAGUACAUCCUAAAUGUCAUCGUCGUGGUGUUGGUGGAAUGAUGCUCAAAUAUGGAAUUGAUUUGGCUCAAAAAGAACAAGUUCCCCUUGUACUAGAAGCCUCUCGUGCUGGAACUCUGCUAUAUACGAAAAAUGGUUUCAGAGAAACUGGAAGAACUGAAAUGUUUCCUGAAGUGACAGUGGUUGCUAUGCAAUUGGACCCAAAAGUUUGAUUAUGUAUGAGCUAGGGAUUGAAAUGGAUUUAGAUGUUUUACUGGUGACAACAUAGGUCAUGGAAGACCUCUUGGCUAGCAAUUUAUUAUUCUUGCUAU